AUGAGGUUGGCACUUAUGGCGCUAUCUCCUCCUUCUUCUUCGAUUAGUUUUCUCCAAUUUCCUUGUUCCUCCUCCUCUCCUCUUCCGCUACUACCACUCCCACCUUCCUCCUCUCCCCACUACCGCCGUCGCGCUUUCUCCACUCUUCAGUUCUGCUGCCGAACGCCCAUCAACCACACACGACGCCGCACACAGCACAGGCUUGCCGUUCUGGCGUCUCCAGUAGUCAAGCCCCAAGCUUCUUCCGUGACUAGAGAGCCCAUGCUUCCUCCUUACAAUGUGGUUAUUACCGGUUCCUCCAAAGGUAUUGGGUAUGCACUAGCUAAAGGUUUUCUAGCAGCAGGUGACAAUGUCAUCAUAUGCUCAAGAUCAGCUGAAAGGGUAGAAUCGGCAGUCGAGAGCCUCAGAAAAGAAUUUGGAGAGCAGCAUGUGUGGGGUACAACAUGCGAUGUUAGGCAAGGACAAGAUGUCAAGAAUCUAGUCGCAUUUGCAAAGGAAAACCUCAAAUAUGUUGACAUAUGGAUCAAUAAUGCAGGAUCAAAUGCGUAUAGCUACAAGCCCUUAUCAGAAUCCUCAGAUGAAGACCUUAUAGAAGUUGUCACCACAAACACCCUUGGACUGAUGAUAUGUUGUCGAGAGGCAAUUAAAAUGAUGCUGAACCAACCACGAGGGGGUCAUAUAUUCAAUAUUGAUGGAGCCGGUUCAGAUGGAAGACCUACCCCUAGAUUUGCAGCUUAUGGGGCAACAAAGCGCAGUGUGGUGCAUCUAACAAAAUCAUUGCAGGCAGAGCUGCAGAUGCAAGAUGUUCGGAAUGUUGUUGUACAUAAUCUUUCGCCUGGAAUGGUUACAACAGACCUCCUAAUGUCUGGGGCCACAACAAAGCAGGCAAAGUUCUUCAUUAAUGUUCUUGCAGAGCCACCAGAAGUGGUUGCAGAGUAUCUAGUUCCAAAUAUCAGAUCAAUCCCAACCAAUGGAUCCACGAGACCCACGUAUAUACGAUUUCUUACGGGCAUAAAAGCAUAUUCGCAGAUUUUCUCAAGAUUUGCAUUUGGUGCAAGAAGGAACAGACAUGUGCUCGAAGAUUGA